ACCGCUCCCGUCCGCCCGCCCCGCCGCGCGCGUCGAGGAGGGAGUGGAGCGGCUGGACGGGACGGGUUUUGGCCGCCACUCGGCGUCGGCGUCGCGUUCAGGAGGAGGAGGAGGCAGUUGCAGUGAGCCAGUCGAGUCCGGGCAGCCAAGCCGAGCGGAACCGUCGUUGUCGGUUGUCUUGAUCACGUCUCGCUGUGACGUGCCCCGUGACGAGGACGACACGCCGGCUCGUACUGUGACGGCGGUGUGACGACGGUGAUCGCGAGGACUGUGACGACACACAGCACAGCCUCCCGGUUAUCGCAAGUUCCAAGUGUCAUCCACGCCCUCCGUCGCUGCCACCACCGCCUCCCGCCGUCACCGCUGUUGUUGUUCUCGGCCGACGUUGCGUCGCGACGCCCACUCUGCAAACAAAAACGCAAAACUCGCCUGGAUUAUUUAUUAUUGUUAUUACAAUAAUUAUUACAACUAGAGACUAAAGGGAGCCCUGGAGCAGCAGCCAACAUGUCGUCGGACUGCGGCUCGUGCCUGGCCAAGUAUGUCUUGUGCCUCUUCAACUUCGUGCUCUUCCUCCUCGGCGGCGUGGUGCUGGGCGUGGGCGCCUGGUACGCGGCCGACAGCGCCUCCAUCGUGAAGCUCGUGCACACCAUCGAGAACACGCAGGGACAGAAGGGAUGCUAUCAGGCGCUGGGAGACUGGCUGAACCAGCACAUCAACGUCGUCAUUGGAGUCGGAGUGGGGCUCGGUCUAGUUCAGCUCUUUGCGAUUUUCCUGGCAUUUUGUCUAGUGAAAAGUAUCAAUGGUUACUUUAAGUGAAACUUAGGCUAUAGUGUUAUUGGAUCUCUUGAGAAAAAGCAAUGGGCUGGCUAGUGGCAUUGCCUGCCUGUGUCCUCACUAUUGAUUUUUCUAUCUAUGCUUUUAUCUAACGGGACUAAAAAUUCAUCAGUUUGAAAUUCCUUUAAUUUUUCUUCAGAUCUUCAGCAUCAUGAACAUUGUACAAUAUUGCUCAAAAAUGAUCAUGUUACCUCCUCUAAUAUUCAAAAAAAUUGUGAAUAAUGUUUCUAUAGAGUUAAAUAGAGUUCUGAAUUUGUUGUUUGCGUUAACCAUUCAUCACCACAUAGUGUAUCGAUCAAAAGACUUUAAUCAUCCAUCAUCCUUUACAUUCUAGUCGUUCUUGUUGCAGGUGGAUAUCAGAAGUUGUGAUAGUGUUUUGUUAGAUGUAACUAAAGUAUUCUUUAUAAAUGACUAGACCAAGUAUUGUGUAUUAUAGUGAAAUAAUGCCAUUAUAUUUCUGAAUGUAUAUAGCAUAAAAUCACCAUUUUAUAUUGUAACACUAGAUUAUAUAAUUCCAUAGGAUAAGUUGGAUAUCAUUACAAGUUUUCUUUAUUUAAUACAAAUAGUUGUCAUUGAAUCCCCCUUCCAUAAUCCUAGAACUAUCUUGGAUUUUCAAAGAGAGUUUGUUCUUAAAUUGCCAUUCUACUUUCAACUAACUUCUUUGUCUAUUUGUACUUUGGACCAUCAUCACACUUUUGGAAGAUUUUCUAAGUUGAGAGACCAAAAAUCUUACCUUUCAAUGACGACUGCCUAAAGUAUUUUGAUGCUCAACCAUACUGUCACAAAUUAGAUGUAAGCCAAAUCUUUUAAAGUCAAGCAUACAGCUCUGAUUUAAAAACAAAUACAUAAAGAUUGUUCUUAAUUUAAUAGGUUUAAACCUUUGACCAAUGUAUAUCUAAGUUCUUCAGCAUGUAUUAUAACUUGAAGGUACGUACAACACGUACAUGUAGUCCUGAAAUACAUGAAAGAUAUUUAUACCUUA